AUGUCUUCUGUCAUAUUCGAGGGAUGGGUGUAUGUGUUGAAGAAUUUUUUAUCAAAAAAGAAAUUGUUUAACUCAUGGAAGAAACAAUAUUUUGUUUUGAUGAGAAUCUCUAAUGUGCCUAAGAUGUUGUUCUACAACAAGAAACCAAAAGAUUUUGUUGAACAAGCUACAAAUGUUAUAGACCUCAGUCAAAAUAUUUUUUAUGUUUCAAGAAAAGCAUAUUACAAGGGCAAAUGUAAUAUUUGCUUGUUAGCUUUUGAUUCCUGUGACCUUUAUUUGGUGCCAAAAGAAACAAAGCUGACAGAUAUAAUGAUAUUCCUGGUGCACACCUUGAUGAAAAUAAAACCUGAACAUGAAGUGCAACAUUUUGUCGUGAGACUGGAUAAAUCACGUGACCUCCAGCGUCUGGGCUGCCAAAGUUCAGUUUGUCUACUUCAUUUGUCUAAUUGGGGCAUCACUCUUGCUUUGCAGGUAUCAAAAAGUAUAAUAGCUCAGUGGCCAGUGAGGUGCAUAAAGUCAUUUGAAUGUACAGGACAAGGUAGACUGGUCAUCACUGUUGGUCAUCUGUCUUCUACGGGAGCUGGAAGGUUUACAUUCAGAACACGCAUCAAGCAGGAUGCCAUUAUCUACGAGACCCUUGACACAUUGAUUGACGAAUUAGCAAGAAUUGAUAGUUACAAUCCAAUGUCUGAAAUGUUCAACCAGUCCACAAUCUCUUUAAGAAGUCCUCCAAUAAUGAAUGAUUUAUUUGGAUUGGGUGGUCUUACAGAGCUGCAUAUUGAUUGUUCAUUUGAUCAGUACCAUAAAAAACUGGCCAAGGAUCUUUGUGACUACAUGAGUGAACAUCUUGGAGAGAGUGUAUUGGCUCUGUCAGAAUCUGCAAGUGUGAUGAACAGUUCAAUCAGGCUUCCAAAUGCAGAAAUUCCAUCACCACAUAAAAAUUUUACUGAAAGUUCUCUUAGAUUUCAACCGUCUUCAUCAUUCAAACUUUCUGAUGCAGAGGGCUUCAUUGGUUGCAGUGCUGAUAGUGGCAUUGGCAGAGAGUUGUUGAAAGAUAGCGUCUUCAUCAACUCUGAUAAUGAGGACACGACGUCAUGUAAAAAAAAUAAUCUAGUCUACAAGAACAUUGAACACUAUCCUUUGUCAAACUCCUAUGAUAUACAUGAAGAUGUACUUGAAGAAGAUGAAAAGGAGGAUAAAUUAACAGUUGAUGAAAACGAUGCUGGAAGACGAUACAUAUACAUGAAAGCAUCCAACAGUUGCAACACUAAACAAUCAUCUUCAAAAAAUGUAAGGAGUGAAACUGAAGAAAACUCUUCAUCCAGUUCCAUUUAUACAAAACCUCAACCAUUCCUAACUGAUAAAUGUGAAAUUGUGUACGAGAAGUAUAUGCCGGGAGCGUAUUUGAGUCCAAUCAACUCAAAGAAAAAAAAUAAUACGGGUAAAUAUAGCUCAAAGAUAUCAACAUCAAAAAAGUUCGUAAAUAAACUUAGAAAAAACAACUCCACAACAUCUGAUAUUUAUGACGAUGAUGGCGAUGAUAACGAUAAUAAACUUUCUCAUGAAGAACUCCAACUGGAUACCUUGAUAUCAGUUGGAGACCCAUCCUAUUUAACGCACGAAGAGGUCAAUAAAAUGGAACCAUUGGCUGAAAACCUUAACAAAGAAUGUUGUAAUGAAGCUGUGAACGUUAAAGUCGACAGUGAAAAUGGUAACUGCAGUGAUGUUAGCAAAAACUUUGAAGGCUUGUUUGCUGGAGGAAAACUUCUGAAGGGGUUCAGUCUUAAUGAUAACACAGUAGUCUUUUGUAAAGGAAAUUGA